GUUCUGGACACGAGAACUUUCAUGAAGUAUAGAGAGCAGUUGGGUUUCGCGCGGCUAGAAGGUGUUCUGGCAGCGUCUCAGAUGAUGAAUCCUGACUGGUUGGAAGGCUGUCUUGAACCUCUGACGAGGUCCGCGACCAAGAAAGCUGAUGAGACGUUGCUUUUCAUUGAGCUGUGUUGUGAAGAGAACUCAUCGUUGAGAUUGGUUUGUGGACAGCGUGACGUGCAGUACAUUGGGAUUACGAAAGACGGUGAACUUCCUGAGACUGCGCGAAGAUUGUCGGAACAGAUUGAGGAGCUCAAGAAGAGUCGGAGAGUCGAGAAGAUCCAUUGCCAUGCUUCUUGUUUGCCGUUGCCAGUGGAAGCGCAGAGUGCACGGCAGCAAGCUGAUGGUGCAGGUAGUGACAGUGGUUGGAACCAGAAUGAUCCAUUUUCACGGACGGACAAGUGGAUUGGAAAUCCACCUCAGCCAUCCUUUGAGAAGUGGCGUGAUCGUGAAAGUGAAGUGCUCAAUCGGGCGCAGUAUGUGGCGGAUUUGUCAGCAUGGGCGUCCCAAGCAUCUUUGCAGUUUGGGACUGAGAUUCUGCAAGCAUCUAGGAGUGCCACGUUGAUCCAUGCUUUCAUGGAAGGAGUGGACAUUCAGGAGGAUUGGCAUUCUGGCUGGGUUGAGACCAGUCAAGAUGGCUACGGCACAGGCGAGGUGGCAUACUUUGCAGGUUGCCCUUGGGUUCGACUCCACCCUGUAGAAACUUUAGAUCGCAACACUGAUGAGGUUGAGGAUGUUCAUGUGUCGAGAGGAGCGCUGGCCGAUCCCCCGCAGGAGGCAGUUGCCGUCUCCCAUUUUGUGCAUCGCGUUCUCUUCGGCUUGGGAGAGAUUGAGGAGAAGGAACAGGUGGACAUUGUAUUGGAAUCAGAUUCCAGCUCAGCGUUGCAGUUGAUUGGUGCUGUUGAUCUUCCACGUCGUUCCCGGCACAUUGAUAUCAAGUUGACAUGGUUGAAGGAACGUGUUAGUUCCAAUGAGGUGCAACUUCGACAUCGAGCGGGAACACAGAAUGUGGCAGAUCUUUUCACCAAGCAGGAUACUCAGGUAGGUGCAUGGUCCGAGGCUGAUGAAAAGGCCUUGCAGGUGAUGCUGGCUCGCAGGAGCCAAGGCAUUGUGCCACCUUGCGUCACGCAGACUGCAGGUAGCAUGACGGAUGCUGCGAAGAGGCGCUUGGUUGACUUUGAGAGUGAUGAAUUUGAGGAAGUCCCAUUUCCCGGUUCACCGAAGGAUCGUGUGGCCACACUUGCAGCUAUGGAUGUGACGAUUGCAGAUGAGGGCAAAGUGAAGCAUUUGCUCCCCAAAGGGGUUGACAGCUUUGUGGAAUGGUCCCGCACUGUGAUUGCUUUUGGCAAGCUGAAGGAUUCAGGGCUCAGCUACAAGGAGAUUGUGGCAGACCCGAAGCAUGAGGCCUAUGUGGCUUGGUGCAAGCGUUUGAAAGGCUCGACUGGGCCGGCAGGAGACUUUGGUGAUUUUCUGCAAGCCUAUGAGAUGAUCUUUGAUGGCCGUUUGGGCGAUGGUGGCUACUACUCCGAGUCAACGGUUCGGAGGGUCUUGAAGUGA